AUGCUCGCCUCGUCGACGACGUCGCUGCUGCUCCCGCUCCUGCUGGGCGGUGGCCAGUUUUGCAGCGCCCUCCCGCCGCUCAAUCCAGCGCCAGCCGUAAAUUCCGUCCGCAGGCCGCUUACAGGGCGCUUUCUACACAUUACCGGUAUUCCUACCCUCUACUGUCUUCAGGUGCUCCUAAGUCCCUUCUCACACAGCACAGAUAUCCACCCUGACCCCUUCUACAAGUUCGGGUCUGCCACCGAUGCGCAAGGGGCCUGCCACCACGGCUCUGGGCCUGCCGGUUAUUAUGGUGCAGAAACUUCCGACUGUGACGCGCCCAUCACUCUGGUGAACGCGACCUUCGACUGGAUUAGGGACAACAUUAGGGAUGACAUUGAUUUCAUCCUUUGGACUGGUGACUCGGUGCGCCAUGACAACGACGAGAAGAUCCCGCGGCAUGAAGACCAAGUCUUGGAACAAAACGAGCUUAUCGCCGACAAAUUCCGCGAAGUGUUUGGUAGGGACGAUGACGAUGACAGCGACCCAACAAACGACUUUGUUAUUCCGAUCGUACCUAACUUCGGAAACAAUGACAUCCUACCCCACAACAUCUUUACUCCGGGCCCAAACAGGUGGACGUCAAAAUACUUGGAUAUUUGGAAAAGCUUCAUCCCGGAGGAGCAGAGGCAUCAGUUCCAGAGGGGAGGUUGGUUUUCCGUCGAGGCAAUUCCAAACAAGCUAAGUGUUCUUAGCCUGAACACACUGUUCUUCUUCAGUAAAAACGCCGGUGUCGACGGUUGCGCAAUGAAGUCCGAACCUGGAUACGAACACUUUGAAUGGCUACGCGUUCAGCUUCAAAUCCUCCGCGAACGGGGCAUGAAAGCCAUCUUGAUAGGGCACGUGCCGCCCGCCCGCACCGAGAACAAACAGCUUUGGGAUGAGACUUGCUGGCAAAAGUACACCUUAUGGACACGGCAAUAUCGUGAUGUUAUUGUCUCGAGCAUGUUCGGUCACAUGAAUAUCGAUCAUUUUUUGUUACAGGAUUUCGAAAGUCUUGCGGAUAGUACCCUGAAAGGUAAAAUGCCAGGCUCAAUGAAAGCCAAAAUCCUGGAAUCCGAGGACAAAGAAUUCUCCGCGACCGGCGCGUCGGAUUAUCUGGUUGACUUGAGGAAGGCAUGGGCGACCCUGCCAAGCCCGAAACAUCACGACAAUGCGGUAGAGAAGAAGUUUUCUGUCGCCGAAGAGAUUCAGGAUUUCAUUGGCUGGAAAAAGGGCAAGAAGGGACAUGGAGACAAUGAGAACUAUCUGGAUGACAUCGGUGGUGUGUGGGGAGAAAGAUACAGUAUCUCACAAGUUGGUGCCAGUGUGGUACCAAACUUUUUCCCGACGUUGAGGAUCUUCGAGUAUAACACUACCGGCCUUGAAAACCAAGCAUAUACACACGCUAUCGACAGACGAGUUCCCGUGGACCGUCAGCUUGAAGAAGCUGUGGAGGAUCUUGAGAAUUAUGACAAGGACGAAGGCAGUGGUGUUGACACCACAAAGAAGAAAAAGAAGAAGGACAAGAAGCACCACUCCAAGAAGUACAAGUUCACUGUUCCGGACUCACCUUCAAAGUCAUCCCCUCCUGGUCCUGCCUACUCGCCACAGACUCUUACGCUUCUCGGCUACACUCAGUAUUUUGCCAACUUGACUCACAUAAACAACGACUAUGCCAACGAAAGCGUCCAUGAGUUUGGCCAUUACAGACAGUUUGAAAACGCGUCUGCCUACGAUGAUGCUGAAUUUGAUGCGCAGAAGUGGAGGCAUGGGAAACACCACGGCAAAAACAAACCCAAGCACCCUGACCAGCAUCUGAAUGAAUUCAAGUACGAGGUUGAGUACCAAACUCUCAACGACUCUGAUCCAUUCAAGUUGAAGGAUCUUACAGUGAGGAGUUACAUAGAUCUGGCCAGAAGGAUUGGAGAUUUCAAGAAGAGCAAGACGAGCAAGAACGCACUUGGAUGGGCAAGCGGAGACGUAGACGAAUUCGAGGCGAUGGAAAUGACGAAUCGGGAUAGAGAAGUCGAAGAAGUCGACUACAGUCUCGAUGACGAGGACAUGGAAGUCGAGGAGGUCGACUACAGCAACGAUGGCUUGGGUCAAGACGGAGAGUCCGAGGAGAACGAAUUCGAGGUUGAAAAGAAGAAGAUGCACAAAAAGAAGAAGCACCACAAGGGACCUAAGAACCACGUGUGGUACACGUUUGUCAAGCGAGCUUUCGUUGGCACCAUGGACCUCGAGGACAUCCACUCCGAGUUCGGCGUCAUGGAUGUAUCGGAGGCGAUGGAUGACAACCCAGCGAUGAUUCAGAGCGAGCCCUCGCUGCCAGUAGAGGACGCAGAAUCAGAGCUGUUGGGAGACGGAGAGCUGUAG